GGCGUCUGUGUUGAUUCGGCUGAAGAAAGGUUUGUGUUUUUAAGCGUUUAACGUGUUUAAGUCAAUGCAGCCAGCGCGGACUAUUUUGUGUGUUUUUAAAGUGCUGUAAAACGGCUCAAUGAUCAUUGAAUGUAACGUUGUAAUACCUGACUAACAUUAAUGGACGUUAUUUCGUUUGAGUACAGCGCUUUGUUCACAAGUAACAGAAAAAGCGCGAUUAGUUUAUCUUAAACAAGAAUCACGGGCAAGUAUUGAUAGAAAAACGGAUCUUUUUGAAACGAAUCAGUUGAGCCGAUUGCUUCGCGAAGUGAUUCAGUGAUUCAGCAACACUUUCUGAUCAAAACGCAACGAGAACAACAAACACUUAAUAAUGGCAACUUUAACAAACCAACUACCGAUAUUUUCAUGAAAGCGUCAUCUAUUAAAUAGCGUCCAAACACAGAGAAAAACUCCCGCCGAAGCGGCUGAGAUCCACGUGACUCACUAAUAUAAAGAUGGCGGCUAUUAAAGAGGAGCGUGAAGACGUGAAGAUUGAAGAAGCGUUCAGAGUCAAACAAGAAGAAACUGAGGAACAAACAGGUCUGAUGACCCUGAAAGAGGAGAGUGAAGUUCUGAACGAAACAGAUGAGAAAUAUAAGCUUGAGAAACAUCACAAGUUCAUACCUGAAGAAAAACCAUUUAGUUGCUCACAGGCUGAAAAGACUUCCCGAAAAAGAGCUCAAAAGACAAGAAGCUGCGAAAAGAAGCAUUUUACCUGUCAACAGUGUGAGAAAAGUUUUAACCUAAAAGGAGACCUUAUCAGACACAGGAGAGUUCACACUGGAGAGAAGCUGUUCCCCUGCCAAAGGUGUGGUGUAAGUUUUACUCAAAAAGGAAGCCUUAACAGGCACACAAGAGUUCACUCCAGAAAGAAACUUUACACAUGCCCGCAGUGUGGAAGGAGUUUUGAACAACAUGGAAACCUUAAAGUCCACAUGGGAGUUCACACUGGAGAGAACCCUUUUACCUGCCAGCAGUGUGGAAAGAGUUUCAACCGAAAAGGAAACCUUAAACACCACAUGAGAGUUCACACUGGAGAAAACCCUUUCACCUGCCAACGGUGUGGAAAGAGUUUCACUCAAAAAGUAAACCUUAUCAGACACAUGAGAACUCAUACCGGAGAGAAGCCUUACACAUGCCAACAGUGUGGAAAUGGUUUUAAUCAAGAAGGACAUCUUAAAAUCCACAUGAGAAUUCACACUGGAGAAAAGCUGUUCCCCUGCCAAAGGUGUGGUGUAAGUUUUUCUCAAAAAGGAAGCCUUGACAGGCACACAAGAAUGCACUCCAGAAAUAAACUUUACACAUGCCCUCAGUGUGGAAGGAGUUUUGAACAACAUGGAAACCUUAAAGUCCACAUGAGAGUUCAUACUGGAGAGAAGCCGUUCACCUGCCAACGGUGUGGAAAGCGUUUCACUCAAAAAGUAAGCCUUAACAGGCACAUGAGAACUCACACUGGAGAAAAGCCUUACACAUGCCAACAGUGUGGAAACAGUUUCUGUCUAUAUGGAAACCUUAAAAUCCACAUGAGAGUUCACACUGGAGAAAAGCUGUUCCCCUGCCGAAGGUGUGGAAAGAGUUUCACUCAAAAAGGAAGCCUUAACAGGCACAUGAGAGUUCACACCGGAGAGACAGAGUUUCAAUCAGCUUUAAAACCUUAAAGUCCAUAUGAGAAAUCAAAGGCUGCAUUUACGCUUGUCAUUAACAUGCGACUUGCAUCUGGAUGUUGUCCACAUACACAUUGAAAAGACAAGUGUAAACACGCUUCUGAUUGGAAGGCUAUCCGCUGUCCUGGUCCAGAGGUAGUCGAGGACGCAUUGUGAUCGGCUCUCAGUGUAAUGUAAACGCAAUCCAGCCAUCGAGUCUGCAUUCGCAGGUCAACGUCACGCAAAACCCCGCCCCCUUUCUCCCGAACUGUCAGAAGAAAGAUGGAGGACGCCAGGCCGUGGAGCGCUAGUAAGACUCGUACACUUGACGAGACCGUUGUUGCGCCGUGCUGCAACAGCGUGAGGCUCUCUACACUGGCCGCGACAAAGCGACUGUUGCAAAUCAUUUGUUCUUUGUGUCAGUACCUCAUAAACAGAAUGAGGCAGCAGUUUACUAUCGGGAUUUGUCGUUUCGCGCCACAUCCAGUGUAGACAACAUCACUGAUUAUAGUAUUUUGUCACGUCCGGUGUAGACACGGUGUGAGACUCAUUUAAAU